GUUGUUGUUGCCAGUGGGACUGUUGUGUUGUGGAAAUGGCGACGCCUCGUCGCUCUUCUCAGCAGCAGCAGCAGCAGCCAGAUUUGGGGCUGUCAACCCCGUCCCGCAGCAGGUCUCUCCCGGUCACUCCUCCGGUGUCCCCGCCGCCAGUAGCUGAUCAUGCUGGCUCAGGCGCGCAGGGAGCGCUGGAUAACCGGGCGGAUGGUGAAGUGAGUCCGGCCUCUCCCAGCAGCCCCGCGCUGGCCCUCUCCAGCAGCAGCUUCAGUAGCAGCACCGUGAGCAGCACUAGCUCCCCCAGUACCACCGAGAGCAGCGCCACCAGCGCCGUGUCCUCCCCGGACUCAGGGAGCGGUGCCGCGGGGAGCAGCGCUGGCAGUGGUGCCAGUGCAAAUGGGGCUUUUCGGGAGCUGUUUGAAGCCUGUCGGAACGGGGACGUGUCCAGGGUGAAGAAGCUGGUGGAUGCAGUGAACGUGAACGCCAAAGACAUGGCAGGACGUAAAUCCACUCCUCUGCACUUUGCAGCUGGCUUCGGGAGAAAAGAUGUAGUGGACCACCUACUUCAGACAGGGGCCAAUGUCCACGCUCGGGACGAUGGGGGCCUCAUCCCACUUCAUAAUGCCUGCUCCUUUGGACACUCAGAAGUGGUGUCCUUGUUGCUGUGUCAGGGUGCUGACCCUAAUGCAAGAGACAACUGGAACUACACUCCACUACAUGAGGCGGCCAUCAAGGGCAAGAUAGACGUCUGCAUCGUGCUGCUGCAGCAUGGAGCCGACCCCAACAUCCGCAACACGGACGGAAAGUCUGCGCUGGACCUGGCCGAACCUUCUGCCAAGGCUGUGCUCACAGGUGAAUACAAGAAGGAUGAGCUGCUGGAGGCUGCGAGGAGCGGAAACGAAGAGAAGCUAAUGGCCUUGCUCACUCCCCUGAACGUCAACUGCCAUGCUAGCGACGGACGCAAGUCGACACCUCUGCACCUGGCAGCAGGAUACAACCGAGUGCGGAUAGUGCAGCUCCUCUUACAGCACGGAGCAGAUGUUCACGCCAAGGACAAGGGUGGACUGGUGCCUCUACACAAUGCUUGUUCUUAUGGUCACUACGAAGUCACCGAGCUGCUGCUUAAGCAUGGCGCCUGUGUAAAUGCCAUGGACCUGUGGCAGUUCACUCCUCUCCAUGAAGCUGCGUCUAAAAACCGAGUGGAGGUGUGCUCUCUGCUGCUGAGCCACGGAGCUGACCCCACACUACUCAAUUGUCACAGCAAGAGCUCUGUCGACAUGGCUCCUACUCCCGAGCUCAAGGAGAGGCUUAUGUACGAAUUCAAGGGCCACUCGCUGCUCCAAGCCGCUAGGGAGGCUGACAUGGCCAAGGCUAAGAAGACUCUAGCCUUGGAGAUCAUCAACUUCAAACAUCCACACACACACGAGACAGCCCUGCACUGUGCCGUGGCAUCACCUCACCCCAAGAGGAAGCAAGUGACAGAGCUGCUGCUAAGGAAGGGCGCCAACGUCAAUGAGAAGAAUAAGGACUUCAUGACACCGCUCCAUGUGGCAGCGGAGCGGGCUCACAAUGACAUCAUGGAGGUGCUGCAGAAACACGGGGCCAAGGUAAAUGCCCUGGACACACUGGGUCAGACGGCCCUCCACCGUGCUGCUCUGGCUGGACACCUCCAGACCUGCCGGCUGUUGCUAGGAUACGGGGCAGAUGCCUCGCUGGUGUCGCUGCAGGGCUUCACCGCUGCUCAGAUGGGAAAUGAAGCCGUUCAGCAAAUACUCAAUGAAAACGUGCCCGUGAGAAACUCUGAUGUGGACUACAGACUACUGGAGGCUGCUAAAGCUGGAGACCUGGACACAGUCAAGUCUCUUUGCACAGCCCAAAAUGUGAAUUGCCGAGAUUUGGAAGGACGCCACUCUACGCCUCUUCACUUUGCUGCCGGCUACAACCGUGUUUCAGUGGUGGAGUAUCUGCUCCAUCAUGGGGCAGAUGUCCAUGCCAAAGACAAAGGUGGGCUGGUUCCCCUCCAUAACGCCUGUUCGUAUGGUCACUAUGAGGUGGCAGAGCUGCUGGUCAGACAUGGAGCCUCGGUAAAUGUGGCAGACCUGUGGAAGUUCACUCCACUACAUGAGGCUGCAGCCAAGGGCAAAUAUGAGAUCUGCAAACUGCUGUUGAAGCAUGGAGCGGACCCAACCAAGAAGAACCGCGAUGGAAACACACCUUUAGAUCUGGUAAAGGACGGGGACACGGACAUUCAGGACUUACUGAGGGGUGACGCUGCGCUGCUGGACGCCGCAAAGAAAGGCUGUCUGGCCCGAGUGCAGAAAUUAUGCAGUCCAGAUAACAUUAACUGCAGGGACACGCAGGGACGCAACUCCACUCCACUACAUCUGGCAGCCGGAUAUAACAACCUGGAGGUGGCGGAGUAUCUGCUGGAGCAUGGAGCGGAUGUGAAUGCCCAGGACAAAGGAGGACUCAUCCCACUGCACAAUGCUGCAUCCUAUGGGCACGUAGAUAUUGCCGCCCUGCUGAUCAAGUUCAACACGUGCGUCAAUGCUACAGACAAAUGGGCGUUCACUCCACUCCACGAGGCGGCGCAGAAGGGCAGGACUCAGCUCUGUGCUCUCUUAUUGGCCCACGGUGCAGAUCCCACCAUGAAGAACCAGGAAGGACAGACGCCGCUGGAUCUGGCAACGGCGGAUGACAUCAGAGCCUUGUUGAUCGAUGCCAUGCCUCCAGAUGCGCUGCCGAGCUGUCUUAAACCACAAGCCACUGUGGUGAGUGCCAGCGUGGUGAGCACUGGGGCUGCAGGGGGCGUGGUCAUCUCUCCGUCGCCAUCCCCGUCCUGUCUAUCCGCAGCCAGCAGUAUAGACAACCUGAGCACACCCCUCAAUGACAUCACAGUGGGCGGUGCUACAGGGUCAGGAGACGGGGCAUCUGGGUCGGACAGAAAAGAAGGAGAAACACUGCUCGACAUGACCAUAAACCAGUUUCUGAAAAGUUUAGGACUUGAGCAUCUUCGGGACAUUUUCCAAAGAGAGCAGAUUUCACUGGACGUUCUGGCCGACAUGGGUCAUGAGGAGCUCAAAGAGAUUGGCAUCAACGCUUACGGCCACAGACACAAACUCAUCAAGGGCAUCGAGAGGCUGCUAGGAGGCCAGCAAGGUGCCAACCCAUACCUGACAUUCCACUGUUCGAGCCAGGGCACAGUUCUCAUCGACCUGUCUCCAGACGACAAGGAGUUCCAGUCGGUGGAGGAGGAGCUCCAGAGCACUAUCAGAGAGCACCGAGAUGGAGGCAACGCGGGCGGAGUCUUCAGUCGGUACAAUAUCAUUAAGAUUCAGAAAGUGGUGAAUAAGAAGCUACGGGAAAGAUACACGCACAGACAAAAAGAGAUUGCAGAUGAAAACCACAACCAUCACAAUGAACGCAUGCUGUUUCAUGGGUCUCCGUUCAUCAACGCUAUUAUCCACAAAGGCUUCGAUGAACGCCAUGCCUACAUUGGGGGCAUGUUUGGGGCUGGGAUCUACUUUGCUGAGAACUCUUCCAAAAGUAACCAGUACGUGUACGGGAUUGGUGGAGGCACAGGAUGCCCCACCCACAAAGACCGCUCCUGCUACGUGUGCCAUAGACAAAUGCUGUUCUGCAGAGUGACGUUGGGUAAGUCCUUCCUUCAGUUCAGUGCGAUGAAAAUGGCCCAUGCCCCUCCAGGUCACCACUCGGUCAUUGGACGUCCCAGUGUCAACGGGCUAGCCUACGCGGAGUACGUCAUCUACAGAGGGGAGCAGGCUUAUCCCGAAUACUUGAUCACGUAUCAGAUCGUGAAGCCGGAAAGUGUUGCUACGCCUGCUGCCUCCGCCGAACAGAAGUCCUAAGGAUCCCAAAGACUGUGGACUACGGCUUAUAUAGACUAAAGAGGUGUUUUAAACCUCGAGAAGGACUCUUGGAGCAGAGGCAGACUGCAAACAUCAAGGCAAUGUGUGGAGAGGCGGGGUGCAUAUAGAAAGGAGAUUAGCCCAAAUAUGGAGUUGUGAAUUUCUGCUUCAUUCUUCAAGGCAAAAACACAUUCCUUUGUACUCCUCAUACUCCCUGUCAUUUGAAAUUUAUUUUGGAACAACUCCCUGGGGCCACAAAGCAAAAACAGUGCUUUAUUCAUUUCAAGCCCUAUCCUUUCACAUUUUUUUACGUUAAAAAAUGAAUGUUGUUUAGUAGCAAAGUUUGCAUUUGUUAAAAGAACAAAAUGACAAUCCAGAGGUGCAUUUUAUUGUCCGAAACUGGGACCACAAUACGUGUUUCUUCAUCCCAAUAGGUACAUUAUUCAAGUUACAUUUCAAUAUCACAUCAUAUCCUUUUAUUUAUUUAUUUUUUUUGUUUUGUUUACUGGCAUUUGCUGCCUUUUGUUGAACUCUCGUAUUGGCUGCCUCCUAGUGGUGUAACACAGGAAUAAGCUUAAUUACACAUUUAGUUAAUAUUCAAUUUAUUUAGAAUGUGAACAGCCCGUCUCCAAAUCAUCCAAUAGGUUUAAAGGCACUGUGCUUGAUUUUUACUGUCUUCAAAAUGUGAAAAUUCAAAACUAGCAUACAAAACUAAACCUUUUGCAUUCCAUGUGUCCUAAUUAGUCACAGGGAUGAGUUGGUGCUUUUUUCAGAGACUAGAAAGGCUGUUUGACCUUCACUUUAAUGCUAACAGCAAAUAGCAUGUUAACCGUGCACUCCCUGAUGCCCAGACAAAAAAAAAAAAAACACUUUAUAAUUGGAUGCAGGCAACACACAACAGACUUAAUUUGACCUCAAGAGCUGCUUAUACAAUGUAUCUGUACCGGGGAAAGACAAAUUUUGUUGAAAUAUAUGGAAAAAAAUCAGGCACAGCUACUUGAAACUUAAUGUUAUGGAGAAUGGCCAAUAAAUAUACAUAAAUGUUUACUUACACUACCAUAAUUCACCUCACAGUAAUGUCUUUUUUUUUUUUUUCUUUUAAUGUUUUACCAUGAUUUAUUUAUUUAUUAACAUAUAAAUAUCACACUGUUAUGGGACCACACUGUUUUUAUUUUCACUUUUCUGUAAUCGAUCGUGAAUUGCCUUAAACUUAACUAUAUAUCUACAACACUUUGACACGUAUAAUUUGUUAUUGUAUGGGUUACACUAGGUCAAAUCCUUGUUCAGGGUGCCUCUAACACAUAAUGUGAAGUUACUUUUGAUUUUUGCUGUGGAGACAUUGGCCUAGUAUUUUGAAUAUCAUUAUUUUUUCAUAGGCAACCAUAUUUCAAGACAGCAUUUGAUAGAGCCGGACAGUAGCUGGCAUAUUUGGCUUUGAUAGAGUGGACUGAACCAAGAUGUGCUGAAUUAUGCCAUUAAUUUAAUGUAAUAAAGAAUGAAAUUGGGUAAAAAGAAUUUGGAUCUAAUUGUGAUAAUUUCGAGUGAAGUUAUAGACAUGACCUGAGCAGGUGGACAGUUCAAAACCUGCUAGGUAGGCCUUUGGGGGUCUUUUUAAACAUUAUUUUUCAUGUAAAGACUUUUUUAAUGUGACAACUCUUUGGAAUUGUGUUGUGUCUGGUUUGUGUUUUGCUGGACCGUGGACCAGGCAGCCAUUGUUGUGUAAAUAUUUCAAGAGAAACGCAGUGAAUGUGCUCUUCAAACUGGAGUGAUAAAAGCGUUUCCUCUGCAUCAUGUGUAUUCUGUGUACAGUUGUACAGUCUGACAGCUAACAUGUGGAACAAACACUUGUACAGAACAAAAUCCUUAAUAAAUCAGAUCAGCUGUG